CGGCGGGCGAUGCGCUUCCUCCGCUGAGCGCAGCGCGGCCGAGCCGGCAGGAUGACGGUGGAGUUCGAGGAGUGCAUCAAGGACUCGCCCCGGUUCCGGGCGACCAUCGAUGAGGUGGAAACGGACGUGGUGGAGAUCGAGGCCAAGCUGGACAAGCUGGUGAAGCUCUGCAGCGGCAUGAUCGAGGCUGGCAAGGUUUACAUCACCACCAACAAACACUUCGUCAGCGGCGUGCGGGACCUGUCCCAGCAGUGCAGGAAGGACGAGAUGAUCUCGGAGUGCCUGGAUAAAUUUGGGGACAGCCUGCAGGAAAUGAUCAAUUAUCACAUGAUCCUGUUUGACCAGGCGCAGAGGUCGGUCCGGCAGCAGCUGCACAAUUUUGUCAAAGACGACGUGCGGAAGUUCAAGGAGACCAAGAAGCAGUUCGACAAGGUGCGGGAGGACAUGGAGAUCUCGCUGGUGAAGAACGCGCAGGCGCCGCGCCACAAACCGCACGAGGUGGAGGAGGCCACGGGCACCCUGAGCAUCACCAGGAAAUGCUUCCGGCACCUGGCGCUGGAUUACGUGCUGCAGAUCAACGUGCUGCAGGCCAAGAAGAAAUUCGAGAUCCUGGACGCGAUGUUGUCCUUCAUGCACGCCCAGUUCACCUUCUUCCAGCAGGGCUACAGCCUCCUGCACGAGCUCGACCCCUACAUGAAGAAACUGGCCACGGAGCUGGACCAGCUGGUGAUCGACUCUGCCGUGGAGAAGAGGGAGAUGGAGCACAAGCACGCCCUGAUCCAGCAGAGGACCCUCCUGCAGGACUUCUCCUACGAUGACUCCAAGGUGGAGUUCAACGUGGAUGCCCCCAACGGGGUGGUGAUGGAGGGUUACCUCUUCAAGAGAGCCAGCAACGCCUUCAAAACGUGGAACAGGAGAUGGUUCUCCAUCCAGAACAGCCAGCUGGUCUACCAGAAGAAGCUGAAGGACGUCCUGACCGUGGUGGUGGAGGACCUGAGGCUGUGCACGGUCAAACCCUGCGAGGACAUCGAGAGGAGGUUCUGCUUUGAGGUCGUCUCCCCCACCAAGAGCUGCAUGCUGCAGGCUGACUCGGAGAAGCUGCGCCAGGCCUGGAUCCAGGCGGUCCAAGCCAGCAUCGCCUCCGCCUACCGCGAGAGCCCCGACAGCUACUACAUCGAGAGGCUGGACAGAACAGCCUCCCCCUCCACCAGCAGCAUCGACUCGGCCACGGAUUCCCGGGAGCGCGGCGGGAAAGGGGAAACGAUCCUGCAGAGGGUGCAGAGCAUCCCCGGGAACGAGCAGUGCUGCGACUGCGGGCAGCCAGACCCUCGCUGGGCCAGCAUCAACCUGGGCGUCCUGCUGUGCAUCGAGUGCUCCGGGAUCCACAGGAGCCUGGGUGUUCACUGCUCCAAGGUCCGAUCCCUGACGCUGGAUUCCUGGGAGCCGGAGCUGCUCAAACUGAUGUGUGAGCUGGGCAACAGCACCAUGAACCAGAUUUACGAGGCGCAGUGUGAGGAGCUGGGGCUGAAGAAACCGACAGCCGGCAGCUCCAGGCAGGACAAGGAGGCCUGGAUCAAGGUGAAGUACGUGGAGAAGAAGUUCCUGAGGAAGCUGCCGGCCGGGGACGCGCUGGCGGACGGCGAGCGCAAACCGCGCCGCUGGUGCGUCGACAAGCGCCAGCGCCGCAGCAGCGGCUCCAGGGCGCCCGCAGCCCGCAGGAAAUACCGCCAGGACCCCGGGAACGCCUCCCCGGCCAUGCUCUCCUCAGCAGCGGCCACCCUGGAGAGGAAAUUCCGCCGGGAUUCGCUCUUCUGCCCGGACGAGCUGGACUCUCUCUUCUCCUACUUCGACACCGGCGCUGGCUCCGGCCCUCGCAGUGCCAGCCACAUCUCCCUGCAGCACCCGCUGGCAGGUGGCCCUUGGAGUGGGAUGGGUCCCCCUGGGUCCCUCCUGGACGGAGGUCUGAGCAGCGACAGCGGCCUGGGAGGGAGCACCGACGGCAGCAGCGACGUGCUGGUGUUCGGCUCCGUGGUGGACAGCGUGACCGAGGAAGAGUGCGAGGUGUCGGAGGAAUCCAGCGGGGAAGCCGAGAUCGAGCAGGAGGCGUCGGAUCUGGAGGACGUGCGGGAGCUGCACCCCGGGCUGGUGAUGUACCGGGCAGCCCAGGCUCGGAACCUGCCCCUGAUGGCCGAAGCUCUGGCCCACGGCGCCGAGAUCAACUGGGCCAACGACGAGGACGAGAGCAAAACCCCUCUGAUCCAGGCCGUGAAGGGGGGCUCCUUGAUCGCCUGUGAAUUCCUGCUGCAGAACGGGGCCGACGUCAACCAGAGGGACUCGAGGGGCCGGGCGCCGCUGCACCACGCCACGUACCUGGGGCACACCGGGCAGGUGUGCCUGUUCCUGAAGCGCGGCGCCACGCAGCACGCGCCGGACGGGGACGGGCAGGACCCGCUGAGCAUCGCCGUCAGCGCCGCCAACGCCGACAUCGUCACCCUGCUGCGCCUGGCGCGGAUGAACGAGGAGAUGCGGGAGGCGGAGGGAGCCCUGGGCCAGCCCGGCCAGUACCCCAGCAACAGCCCCACGGAGCUGCAGUACCGGAAAUGCAUCCAGGAAUUCAUCAGCCUCAACAUCGACGAGUGUUAGGGACAAGUCCCGGACCCCGGCUCCGUCCCCGCGCCGCCCCUGGAUGUGUCCGCGCUUCUCCUGGCCCAUCGCUCGGGGUUUGGAUGCCCGCGCCCCGCAGGAAGGCCGAGGGGGGGUUUUUUUUGCCCCCUCCCCGUGAGCUUUGAGUUCUCAUGUUUGACUACUGGAUGGUUGAAUUUUUAUUUUUAUUUUUAUUUUUUUUCGGGUUGU